CACCGCCGAAGACUGGUUGUCACUGGAGUCGUCUCUCGACAGGAGCAUAAUCCCUGAGGAUGACCUGCAUGUGAAGGUAAAUCAGAGACUCCUCAGACAUGGAUGAGGGACAUGUGCACCUGGAGGAGGACAUGGGGAGCUCCUGGUCCCUGCUCUCCUGGCUGGCCUCCUGCGUCAUGGUGUUUGGAGGAGCCGUGCCGUACAUCCCUCAGUACCAGGAGAUCCAGCAGAGCGGGAACACGGAGGGCUUCUCCACCCGUGUCUGCUUGGUCCUGCUCAUUGCCAACAUACUGCGCAUAUUUUUCUGGAUUGGGAAGCAGUUUGAACUGACUCUACUCCUCCAGAGUGUCGUGAUGAUCCUGACCAUGUUAGCCAUGCUUCACCUGUGCUGCUCCAUGCAGAACAGCAACCGUGUCUCCACCAAACAGCAUCACAUCACAGAUCUGGACCUGCGCUAUUUCUGGAGCUGGACUGGUUUCGAAGACUACCUGUUCUUCUGUUUCGGCUUCACGCUGCUGUGUGCCUUCAUCACCUUUGUCUUCCUCGACUCGCUGCUCUUUGUGGAGACUCUGGGUUCGUUAGCCGUGUUCUUUGAGGCCAUGCUGGGAGUACCACAGCUCCUUCAGAACUUUAACAAUCGCUCCACCAGAGGCAUGAGUGUAAGUAUGGUGCUACUGUGGACUGCAGGUGACGUCUUCAAGACAAGUUACUUCGUGAUCAACGAUAGCCCCACCCAGUUUUGUGUGUGUGGGGCGGUGCAGAUUCUGAUUGACGUGGCCAUUCUGCUGCAGGUGUGCUACUACGGCCAGGACACCAGAGCCAAGCUGGGCUAA